AUGGAGAUGGAGCAUGACCGUUUUAAGAAAAAGUUGACGGCCAGCGAUCACUGGCGGAUCCAGAAAUUUUUAGCAGAGGGGAGGUGCAGCUGCACCUCCUUGCGCCUUACUAGAUCCGCCUCUGCCAGCGAUGUUAAAAGACUUGUGGUGACCACCGCCAUGCUUGAAAUGCUGCCGCCGGUGGAUCCAGAUCGUGAUAUCCCCAUCAGAGUUGUCGACAAACAGACGCACAACGUUUACGAGUUCAAAUUAUCCUGCAGACAAGGGGGUAGAAAGCCAGUUUUCCAGUCUAGUGGAUGGACAGUGUUUGUCAUUGACAGAGGCAUUGAAGCUGGGGAUGAGCUCUAUUUCUGGGCGGAGGAAUGCCUAUUACAUGGAACUCAAUAUCGCAUUGCACUGUACAAGCCAAAUCUUUUCCCUCAUCCUUAA